GCGGUGAGAGCAGAGAAGAGGGCGGCCCGUCAGUGAGUGUGAGGAAUCCGCUUGAGAAAGGUGGCCAGCUAUCGUCAACAACAGUCCGCGGAGAGAAGGCACCUGCAGCGGGUAGACAGGCGAGCAAGUGACCCCGAGCUAUGGUGAAGAUCAGUUUCCAGGCUGUCUCGGGACAGAAAGUGGAAAAGGAGAGCGAUGGCGACAAGACCGAAAUCCUCAUUCCUCAUCCGAUGGAUGAGGAGGAGCUGGUCCUGCCACUGCGACCCAAGAAGUCUCCUCUCAAUGGCCUGUGCUGCCUGACAUUCGGCCUAGUAGUCUUUAUGGCUGGUCUGGUCUUGGCCUCCAUCUUUGUCUACCGCUACUACUUCAUACCUCAUAUCCCAGAGGAGAACCUGUUCCACUGCAGGGUGCUGUAUGAAGACUCUGUGUACGCUCCGCUGCGUGGCCGUCAGGAGCUGGAGGAGAACGUUGGCAUCUACCUGGCCGACAACUAUGAGAAGAUCACCGUGCCCGUGCCUCACUUCGGAGGCAGUGACCCUGCUGAUAUAAUCCAUGAUUUCCACAGAGGACUGACCGCGUACCAUGACAUCGCUCUGGACAAGUGCUAUGUGAUCGAGCUCAACACCACCAUCGUGAUGCCGCCGCGCAACCUCUGGGAGCUACUUAUCAACGUCAAGAAGGGUACAUACUUGCCUCAGACCUACAUCAUCCAUGAAGAGAUGGUGGUGACUGGCAAAGUGCACAACAUGCGUCAGCUGGGACCUUUCAUCUAUCGCCUGUGCAAUGGGAAGGACACGUACCGCCUGAGCCGCCGUGUCACCCGCAGGCGCAUCAACAAGCGCGACACGAAGGACUGCCAGCACAUCCGCCACUUUGAGAAUACAUUUGUGGUGGAGACGGUUAUCUGCGAUGAAGCGUAAACAUGACUGUCAUCUGUGAGGUUCCCACCCACCCGAAAGCACACCACCAGUCAUGUCUCCAGCCACUGUAGCACCCUCCUGUGGAUCUGAUCAUGUCUGAGUUGCACUUUACAUGUGGUUCUUUUUGGUUUGGUUUGUAAGAGAACAUGUGUGUGUAUGAUUGUUAUAUUUUUUUUUCAGUACUGCCCCUUUUUGUCUUUUUUUUCUUUUUCUUUUUUUUUUUCUGUUUCAAAAUAGGUAAUAUUUACCCUAACGUGUGAUGCAAUACUAAGCUGCUGGUUUUAUCACAGGAUUUUUCCAUGUAGCAAAGGCCUUAAGCCAAUAAUAAAUAAAUGAUUUCAAGAUAUCUUCUCUUCCUCUUUGGGGAUUUGUAUGAUGGUUACUGUUGCUGGGGGAGAUGAUUAUCUCCCCAUGUUGUUUUUUUCCACUGCCCUGGAGGUUACUCUGUUUUUCUUAGUUACUGUAUCUACACAAAGCAUGAGGUCUUGCUUUCCUGAGCAAACAUGAUGUAUUUAAUUUUUUCUCAUGUUCUCUGUAAUGUAACUGUUGAUGAGUAGUUGCUUGCUUGCCUCUUUAUCCUCUUGCUCGCCUGUUGCCUCCUCGCUUCUCCUUCUGCCUUUCAUCUUGUUAAAAAGCACUAUUACACAGUAGACUUUAGACAAGGCUGCAUUGAACAUUAGACUAAAAUUUUUAUUUAAUUUGAAUAAUAUUCCAUCAGUAAAACACGUGUGGACCAUAUUUCUUUUAGUAGUAACCCUUUUUUUUUUUUUUUUCUUUUUUUUUAAGGCUGCCGUCACCCCGCCUCACUUCUUUUCAGAGUCGUUUUAGGACAACCUUUGUUUUCCUUGCAUGUGUUUAUGUAUAAGAGAAACAGCACUCUUAGAAUGUUUUGUAAAACCACGUUUAAUGCCUUAGUCCGGAGUCAGAGACUGGACUAAAGUCAAAACAAGUGAAAGGGAGCGUAUUAUAUGUUAGCUGAACAAAACCAACUGUGAUCUGUAUAUUUUGUCUGCCAAUGAAACCUGUCUGUGAAUAAAGUAGUGAAAAUGAC